GCGAGGGGUUAUUAGGCUACACUUCUUGAUAACUGACCGACACCCAACAAAAAAUUGGCCGAUAAACUCUCUCUUUCUGCUCAUUCAAGUACGGAACAGUUACCGGCUCUUUUUGUCACACAUCUUCUUCUGAACUUCCCCAAGGACACUGCAACUACCUUCAAGAUGGCCAACCUCCCCCCCGUCUACAUCGUUUCUGCCGCCAGAACCCCCGUCGGUUCUUUUUUGGGCUCUUUGUCUAGCUUGAGCGCCACUCAAUUGGGUGCCCACGCCAUCAAGGCUGCCGUCGAGCGAGUUCCCCAGAUCAAGCCCGAGGACGUCGAGGAGGUCUUCUACGGCAAUGUCCUGUCCGCCAACCUUGGACAGGCCCCUGCCCGCCAAUGCGCUCUCGGAGCCGGUCUUUCGCAGGGCGUUGCCGCCACGACCGUCAACAAGGUCUGCGCCUCGGGCAUGAAGGCGAUCAUCCUUGGUGCUCAGACCAUCCUCACUGGCAACGCGGACAUUGUUGUCGCCGGAGGCACGGAGUCCAUGACCAACACCCCCCAUUACCUUCCCGUCCUCCGCAAUGGGGCCAAGUAUGGCGACCAGACCCUCGUCGACGGUGUUCUCAAGGACGGCCUGACCGAUGCCUACGGCAAGAAGGAGCACAUGGGCAUGGCCGCUGAGCUCUGCGCCAAGGAACACGAAUUCACUCGUGAGCAGCAGGACGAGUACGCCAUCAACACCUAUAAGAAGGCUCAAGCUGCCACCGAUGCCGGCAUCUUCUCCACGGAGAUCGCCCCCGUCGAGGUCUCCGGCGGCCGCGGCAAGCCCAACGUGAAGGUCGACCGCGACGACGAGGUCAAGAACCUCAACGUCGAUAAGCUCAAGGCCAUGCGCCCGGCAUUUAUUCCCAACGGCGGCACCGUUACCGCCCCCAAUGCUGCCCCCCUCAACGACGGCGCCGCCGCCGUUGUCCUCAUGUCCGAGGCUAAGGUCAAGGAGCUCGGCGUCACCCCCAUCGCCAAGAUCCGCGGAUGGGCCGAUGCCGCCCGCGAACCGGAGCGCUUCACUAUCGCGCCUGCUCUGGCCAUCCCCAAGGCCAUCAAGCACGCCGGUCUCACCGAGAAGGACGUCGACUUUUACGAGAUCAACGAAGCUUUCUCCGUCGUUGCCCUCGCUAACAUCAAGCUGCUCAACCUUGACCCCGAGACCGUCAACGUAUUUGGUGGCUCUGUCGCUAUCGGACACCCCCUGGGCUGCUCCGGUGCUCGUAUCGUCACCACCCUCACGACCGUCCUCCGUGAGAAGAAGGCAAAGAUCGGUGUUGCCGGUAUCUGCAACGGCGGCGGUGGAGCUUCUGCCAUUGUUAUUGAGAGCCUGCAAUAAAGCACGCGAAGCUAACAAACCCACACAAACACACAAAUCAAGUCCCGGAACUCCGAGCUCAUGCAGUCCGAAUCAAAUAGUCAACACGGGAGAACGUGGGGCCUUGGCGUUCUGAAGCGUGCGCGCAGCCAGCGACAUGCCGUUUGGAGCCUUGCACCUUUUUUAAGUCCUUCAACUUUGCUGAUACUUGACGCCGAGGAGAGGAACCCCGUGGGAGUUUGUCAUCACUGGUCGACGCUGCGGGUUUAAUCACCUCCCCCAAAAGGUUAGCAUGCCAGCGUUUUAGAUAAAGCGCAAUGGGCGGCCUUGCAGGUUUUUUUAUCUAGUUACAUAAUAUCACGAAUCAAACGAUGCAACCUCUCUUCCGGUUCCGCACAGUUCCCACUUGGCUGCCGUGUUUUGCGCCUUUUUCUGUUUAUUCCUCAGGUAGGUAGAUAGAUCCACG